AUAAUCAAUAGCUCCCCCGGCGCCACUCGUAAGACCGUUGUGCCCUUCUAACCUCCGCAACACCCCCCGUCUCCCCAUCUCACUAUUCCCCUCUCUCUCAUCUUGCCAGCUUCUCUCUCUCUUCUUUCAUUACUCUGCACGUAUUCUCCUCAAGCACAGAACAGCAUCGGUUAAAAGACCGUGUCUCGUGGUUCUGCCGGGAUAUUUUACCGAAAAUUUCAGAAUCCGGGGAAAUCCAGUACCGUUUCUUCUUUUUCAUCCUUGCCAUUUCCUCCACUCUCUAGUGACAUUAUUUUUAUUGCGAUAUACGUACACAUAGUCUCUCCAUACAGUCAUGUCCGAUCAGCUUUCUUACCGGCCCCCUCCGCGGCGAGUCUUCGACCUGACACCUGCACCCAGCGAGUCCUCCGAAUCGGUGCUGCCUGCGGAAUCAGCCAACUCCGAGCUUGGCCCACCAUCGAGUAGCGUGAGUCGUACAGGUUCAAUUAUGAAUCUGACCUCUCCUACACUAGUUGGUAUUUAUUCACCGACUGCGUUUGAGACACCACGGGAGGAAUACAACAGCCCCUGGGGUACAGAGGUGGAGGUAGUCCCCAAAACCGAAAGUGCGGAGCCACCAGAGGAUUCUGAAUCGGAUCGGUUCGCGCUUGAAAGGGCCCGACUGAGCCAUGGGUUAUUUCGAGGGGUCAUUCUUCCCCGAAUGCUGAGGGGUGCGCUUCUAUUCGCCUUUGGUAUCGUCUACGGGGUUAUUACUGUACACUUGCAUGAGAACCAUUGGAUUAUGCCCGUGAGGCUGGGAAACAUUGACCGCUCUUCGUGGAGAUAUCUGGGGUCCUGGGGACUUGCUGGGAUUUCUCUGGGAAAUCUACUCCCCUGGCUGGACCUUCUCUGGGGAAAUACCAUCUUGAAGGAUGCCAAAAAGUCCAAAAAGUCGAGCGGGAGUCGCGCCAAUCAAGAGCAGGUCCUCUUGUGGGAUGUAGCUGUUCGCAGUGUUGGAGCCUUUGUCGGUAUUGCCUUCGCUAUGCGGAGGCUUCCCUGGCAAUCUACUACCCAAGCGUCGGUAACUCUCUCUCUUGUGAACCCUGUGUUAUGGUAUCUCAUCGACCGCACAAAAACCGGAUUUUGUCUCUCAACAGUUGUCGGGCUGGUCGGAAUGAGUGUCAUUUCGGCUCUAGAACCGGAGGUUGUGGCUCUCCCUGCUGAGACCAGUACGACAAUUACCUUUCAGAACAGUACAGGUGCAUACGCGCUGGUGAACAGCCUAACGCGAGAAGGGAUCGCCGUUCGGAUCUGGGUUGCCAGCGUUCUAUUCUGCGCGUGCGUCUGCUUUGGGAACAUUGGGCGGCAGCUGGCCCUGGGGGGGGCGCCCAGGGAAACUUCCAAGGCACGGAGCGUGUUAUGAAGAGUAGGAGAUAGGGUCUCUUUUGUUGGGAUAUCUUCGUCUCUUCAUUUAAGUGGACUGUAUUAUUAUAACGACUGCUCCCUUCUUUAUUUGCUUUAUGUUGCUGGUAUCAGGAAAAUAUAUAGAUUCUACAGCCAUAUGGCCCUUCCCUGCAGAUGACAACGCAGAAUCCAAUCCAAGUCUAAAAAAUUGACUACAAUUCAGAACCAGUGUAGAAUCAAUCAUUGCAAUCCCUUCCACAGAAGGAGAAAGGCACUGCACCCAAGACCGACCCUAUGCAUUGCAAUCCAUCUCCAUUCUCUAUGACGAUUUCCGUACUUCAUAGGAAAAUAGAAUCCUCGUAGGAACGCUUUUUGAGAAGAAUGUUGAAUUAAGCGUUGUUCAUGAGGGAAAAAAGAAAAGGAGAAAAGGAGAGAAAGCUGAAGCGCAAGAGAUUU